UAGCAACGCGCGGCCAGUGGGCGCCGUGGAGAGAGAUCUCUAUAGUGGGCGCUCCAUUAAAACCUUCGGCGCUCCUGACCUUGGCGUCGUGAAUGCGCCAAGGCAGCAGCGCAGAGCGCACAAAGCAGGAGGAGAUGUGCGAUGUGAGGAAAGAUCUGAUGUGUCGCUGAUAGGGAAGCGCGGAAAGUCGUUCCUUCUCGUCUCAUCGCCGAACCGACAAUGGAGGACGUGCACAGACGGAGCGCGUAACGGCGUCUCUUCAAGCGAAUUGGUGUAUCUUGCACUGAAAAUGAGACGAAGUGACGGUCCCUAUCUGGCCCAGGAGUAUUUGGAUUUGUUAAGCAUCCGAUCUGAGAGCAGAUUGAGUGAUGUCUGUGUGACAGGUUCAGUGCAAAGGGCCUGAGUGGACACGACAGAGUGCAUUUGUGUUGUGCAAGGAUACAGACCAUGUGGCUGGCUACAUUUAUAGACCAUCUGCUCCCUGCACACCUGCUCCACCGGCGAGGGACUGCUACUAUCACCCACUGUGCUCUGCUCUGGUGGAUAUUAUGCUCCUGCUGGUCAUUUACCAAGGCCACCAGCCAAAAGUUCUACCCGACGGUCACCACCCAGUUCGGGAAGCUGCGAGGGCUGAGGGUCCCCGUCCCCAGUGAAGUGCUACGGCCCGUCGACCAGUAUCUCGGGGUCCCCUACGCCGCCCCGCCGGUGGGAGACAAGCGUUUCAUGCCCCCGGAUCAGCCGACCGCUUGGUCGGGCGUAAGGAACGCCACCCACUUCAUGCCCGUAUGCCCGCAGAACAUCCACAGCACAGUGCCGGAGAUAAUGAUGCCCAUAUGGUUCACCUACAACCUGGACACGGUCGCCUCGUACAUUCAAGAUCAGAGCGAGGACUGUUUAUAUCUCAACAUCUACGCUCCGACGGAGGAAGGGAGCCAACACAAGAAAAAGGGGGCAUCUUUUUCUCAUGUUGAGACUCAUAUAUCAGAAGAUAUAAGGGACUCAGAAGCUCGACCCGUGAUGGUAUACAUCCACGGAGGCUCCUAUAUGGAAGGCACCGGGAACAUGAUGGAUGGCAGCGUGCUGGCCAGCUACGGGAACGUUGUUGUCGUCACGCUCAACUACAGAAUUGGAAUAUUAGGAUUUCUCAGUACUGGAGACCAGGCCGCGAAAGGAAAUUACGGACUUCUAGAUCAGAUUCAAGCUCUUCGUUGGAUCAGUAAGAACAUCGGCUAUUUUGGAGGGGAUCCGGGUCGUAUCACGGUUUUUGGAUCUGGAAUCGGCGCUUCCUGCGUCAGCCUGCUAACGCUAUCCCACCACUCAGAAGGUUUGUUCCAUAGAGCCAUCAUUCAAAGCGGUUCUGCGCUCUCCAGCUGGGCCGUCAACUAUCAACCGGUCAAAUACACUCGGAUGCUCGCCGAAAGAGUGGGCUGCAACGUGCUGGACACCGUAGACAUGGUCUCCUGCCUGCAGAAGAAGACGGCUAAAGAGCUAGUGGAGCAAGAAAUCCAGCCCGCCCAAUACCGAGUGGCAUUCGGACCGGUUAUCGACGGGGACGUGAUCCCCGACGACCCAGAGAUUCUGAUGGAGCAGGGUGAAUUCCUUAACUACGACAUCAUGCUCGGCGUCAAUCAGGGCGAAGGCCUGCGCUUCGUGGAGAACGUGAUGGACUUAGAGGACGGCGUGUCCGGAAGCGACUUUGACUUUGUGGUAUCUGACUUUGUGGACAGUUUGUACGGUUACCCAGAGGGAAAGGACACGCUGAGGGAGACCAUCAAGUUCAUGUACACCGACUGGGCCGAUAAGGACAAUCCGGAAACUCGACGGAAAACCCUGGUGGCUCUUUUCACAGACCACCAAUGGGUAGAACCCUCAGUGGUGACGGCCGACCUGCACGCCCGCUACGGUUCUCCCACCUACUUCUACGCCUUCUACCACCACUGCCAGAGCCUCAUGAAGCCCGUGUGGUCCGACUCGGCGCACGGCGACGAGGUGCCUUACGUGUUCGGCAUCCCCAUGAUCGGCCCGACCGACCUGUUUCCCUGCAACUUCUCCAGGAACGACAUCAUGCUCAGUGCCGUGGUUAUGACUUAUUGGACCAACUUCGCCAAGAGUGGGGAUCCCAACAAACCAGUACCCCAGGACACCAAGUUCAUCCACACCAAAGCCAACCGCUUUGAGGAAGUAGCCUGGUCCAAGUACGACCCCUACGACCAGCUAUACUUGCACAUCGGCCUCAAACCUCGCAUCCGCGAUCACUACCGCGCCACCAAAGUGGCCUUCUGGAAGCACCUGGUCCCUCAUCUCUACAACCUCCACGACAUGUUCCAUUACACUUCCACCACCACCAAGGCCUCGCCGCUGGACCCCACCCAGUCCGCCGGCAAGCGAUCCGGAGGCACCGGCCGCCCUCCCGUGUCCACGGGCCUGAACGGCGACGAAAGCGGAAGGGAGAUGGGUCCUCUGAUCAUGCCCAACCCUAGAGAUUACUCCACAGAGCUCAGCGUGACCAUCGCCGUGGGGGCGUCUCUGCUCUUCCUCAACGUGCUGGCCUUCGCCGCGCUCUACUACCGGAAAGACAAACGCAGCCGGCAGGAAACGUCGCAGCAGCCCAGCCCUCAACGCGACAGCAAGGGCAACAACGUCAGCCACGCCGCCACCGUGGAUGAGACCCUGUCCAGGAACCAAUGCGAGGCCCUCCACAAUCCUAUUCACGUGUCACCCACCCUGGACUACAACCUGAGCCAGCGCCGCUCUCCCGACGACAUCCCGCUGAUGACGCCCAACAAUAUCACCAUGAUCCCCAACUCGCUGAUGGGUCUCUCCAACAUGAGUCCCUACAGCACCUUCCCGGCUGGCUACAGCUCGGCGGGCUUGCCCAGCACCCACUCUACCACGCGGGUAUAACUUGUCCACAGAGCAGACACAAAAAAACACAUACAUGUAAAGCUGUAUUUAGGGUGUUUAGAUAACAAUAGGUUUGUAAAUUUUGGGGUUUCCUUUCCGAGCAAGCUGCCUGAGCGGUCAUUUUCAUACUCAUGUUCCUCCAAAGUAGUCGAGAAAAAAAAUCUCAUUCGACAUCACGGCGUUUUGGAACUUUUACUUGGAAAAACUAAUAAUUAUGUUUCUACAGUUGGAUUUGUAUGGGGUUGCUCUCUUUCUUAUUAUCUAUUUUGAUCUGCUGGAACGUCGGAAAGAUGGUCGCAGGUGGAGAUGAGAUGUUGGAGUGUUGCUAUUAUGGACAUUUUAUACAUGUUUCCCAUUGCUUCUUAUGAAAAUGUAUUUUUACCGCAGUUCUUUUCAAAUAGCUUCAUGGAAUUCAAUUGAAACCGUACUCAUGCAAAUGCACCUUGCUACUGUAUGAACUGUACAUAAGGUGUCGCGGUUACGAAAAAAAAAACAUUGUAAAUUAGGUAUUCUUAUCAAAAACAAUGUUUUGCAUUUGCAAUUGUAGUGAUGUGUAAUUUAUUCUAGUAUAUUUGAGUAUCCUCGCUAAUUUUUUCCUUUCAAGUUUUCUUUAAGGGAACUACAGACAGAAAGACUUGUAGUUAAGAUAAAUGUUAGUAUGAGUUAUAAUCAGUGUUGUUUUUAGCAGCCCUUUAAAAUUUUUGUCCACUUCAUAAUAUAUUGACAUGACA